AUGAAGCUUGGGCAAUUGCGAAGGGUCUUGUCCUUUGUCAUCCCCUGCCAGCUCAUUCGCCUCUCCGCCGGCACGUCCCAAAAUGUGCUCUCGGUUGAAGAUACCGUCAGCCAAAAUCCGAUCAUCAUCCUUCCCUUCUGGGACGUGCUCGGCCCGUUCAGAAUAGGAACUCGAGAAGCUGUCUGGGGCGCGGACCCAGUUGAGUUUUAUGGAGGAAUCCAGAACAUCAGUCCAAAUGAGCCAGGCUGCUUCCGGAGUCCGUUAGCGAGGAACGCGACUGUGCAAUGGGAUCGGAAGGAAUACAACACUUCGACAUCGAACGGUGAACAGUCAGUUGAUUUUCUGCUCGACUUCAUUGAUGUUGACUGGGAAUUUGCCCAAAAAAUCUACGGCUGGUCGGCAUUUCAGUACCAAGCAUGGGCGAAGGGCGAGAUCUUGAACCAAGGUGUCGUGAGUCAGCGUGUCAAUAUCUUCACUGACAAUAUCCUUGAGAUCUGGAUCAAUGAUAUGCAUGUCUUUGGUGGAGAUUUCUUUGGGUUCGGGCGAGCUCCUGUUCUGGUGGAGCUCCUCCCUGGCGCCAACAACAUCAGCGUUCGACUCGUGCGUGAGGUUCGCUCCAUGGGCGGUAUAUUUCCUCCGACUAUACAAGCAGGCUUGAGAACUCAACCCAUUCCUGAACAGCCUGCAGUUGUUGCCAGGCGCGUGGUCAUGCCAAAUGUGGUCAACGGAAAAUUUUGCACGCGAUAUGGUAGCAUAACGGUCCAAAACCAAGCUGCUACAUGGAUCUCUGUACACCAAGUUGUAGCCAUUUCUGGGCAGAGCAGUUGUAUUGUGGCGAAUCAGAGAGUACGACUUGCGCCUGGCCAAUCGCGCCCGUUGAAGUUGAUAUUCGACGCCGCCUCCAGAUGGGACGAAUCGCUGAAGCUCGUUCUGACAUAUUCAAGGCAGGACUCGAUCCUACACGAUAUUGGCUUCGAUACUCAGCUGGAACCUGCAAGUAUGUCAUCUCUGCAAAGGAUAACAUUCCUUCAUCCGAGCGGCUCUGUGUCUUAUGCGUUGCUGAAACCGCCGCCCACGGCAAAUGCCACGAAAAACGAAAGACUGCCUGUGCUUCUGAACCUUCACGGUGCUGGUGUGGAGGCAGAUGGCCCCUUGGCUCGCCAUAUGUUUGAUGACACUCCUUAUCUUCCGGCCUGGAUACUCACUCCCACAGGCAUGAGCCCUUGGAGCAGUGAUGAUUGGCACACCUGGGGCUUUGCUGAUGCUCAAUACGCAGUGGCCGCAAUUCCAGAUUGGAUUAACAGCACGGGCUGGAAUGGUCCAAGUGUGUAUUCCGACAAAAUUCUGGUUGCGGGUCAUUCCAACGGGGGCCAGGGGACAUGGUAUUUUGCUUCCCAUCAACCUGACCGCGUUCUGGGUGCUGCUGUUGCUUCGGGAUAUUCGUCAAUUGAAAGUUACGUUCCAUACAUUUUGUGGAAUGAGGCUGACCCUCUCCGAGACGCCAUCCUUCAAACCUCCAGAAGCAGCUUUCGUCAUGAAAUCCUGACUGACAAUCUAGUGGGCUUUCCUAUAUUUCAACAGCAUGGAUCAGCAGACGAUAAUGUUCCGCCUUAUCAUUCUCGUCUGAUGAACACUCUGCUGGCGCAAGUGGGUGAAAUGGCCGAAUACUCAGAGAUGCUGGACAAGGGACACUGGUUCGACGGCUCGAUGACUACCAAAUCAAUGCUGGAAUUCUAUUUGCGACUCCUGAAAGUUUGUCAUUCCGAGACCACAGUCCCCACUUCUUUUACUUUCGUCGUUCCGAACUCACACGACAUGGGGCCUAGGUAUGGCGUUGUUGUCGACCAGCUGUCAACCCCUGAUAGACUCGGCAAAAUGAGGGUAACCAUCCAAUUACAUGACUCUCUGGUCCAAUGGCACCUGCGGACAGAAAAUAUCUAUCGAUUUCAUCUGGACCCUAGCGUACGGCUCGCCAAUGCUCCCAACCAAGUUCUCAUUGAUGAUCUGCCACAUGUAUUCGAUGUCGGACCGGGAGCGGCUUCUUUUGUCAAGUCUGUUUCCAAUGUUUGGGGCAGGGAUGUUGCCCUUGACUGGAAGACGCUGGGUGAAAGACACGGUCGUCAAAGAGGCGCCCUUGAUGCGAUUCUUCGAAGUACUGGACCUUUUGAAGUCGUCUACGACUCCGAUGAAACUCUGUCCAUAGCAGUACAGACUAGCCGAAACUUCUUGCAGUAUUUCGGCGGUGACACAAACAUUGUUGCUUCUUCCAGGUAUGAGCAAGCAUUGGACAAGGGAGCAAAUGUUAUCACAAUAUGCCUUAGAACUUUUGUGCCCGAUGCUUCCCUCCCGGGAUUCCCAAUUCGGCUUGUCAGUGAACAAAUUUUCCUUACUGCACCAGACUCCAGACUGAUCUCAUUGCAUUUGGAAGAAGGUAUGGGCGGGGUCUGGCUUCGACCUCUUCCGGGAGAACGGUUGGAGCUUGUUGUAUGGGGAUUUGACGAGGUUGGUUUGCGACAAGCGGCGAGGCUGGUGCCCACGAUCACUGGAGCUGGUCAGCCUGACUUUGUGAUUCUGGGUAAUGAGGCAAGAUGGAAGGGUCACGGAGGUGCCAUCGCAAUGGGCUUCUUUGAUCGCAAUUGGAAGAUAUCCUUUGCUUCAUACCUGCCUUGA